UAAUUACAUAAAAGCCUAAUGAUGUUGAAAAUUACCCUGGUUUGAGAUAUAGGGCUAAUCUAAACUUUGUUGUUGGCUGCCCCGGGGUACUAGAAACAUUAGAAGAGGUUCACUUCGUCUCCAAAAGGCGAGAGUUGUUACAUGGCACGACACGAAGGCCUUUUUUUCCACGAGGAAACGCGAAAUUAUCACUAACGAUUAAGUGACAAAAGUGGAAAAUCUCGAGGAACUUUAUAAUUAAAACGCGAAACCUUUUUUUUGGGAUCUAAGGGACGCGCAUAAAAACCAAGCAAAUGAGUCCAUAUCAUAAAGAGAGCACUGUUUGAUCGUUUAGUCUAGUAAUAAACUUCGGGAAGCCAUUACUAAACCAUAUGGCUUUGAUAAGGAUGACACGUUUAUAUAACAAUACUUUAAUUCGCUGUUUCUCCUCAAAUAAUCAGGGCCCCAUCAAUGAUUCUGUUACCAUCACGCUCAAUUAAACCAGUUCUGAGGGAGUUUCUCGAUGAGCUUUCUGAAGGAGGUCAUUUUAAAGGUUAUAAUUUGGGGAUCAAAGAACGAGGAGAAAUGAACUUGGGAGGGCAGCAAGAGAGUCUCUCGCGCAUCUGACACCUCCAGGAUUCAACGCUGAUUGGCUCUCAUUUGAAGGAGCUCAUGGGUUCAUUCAACUAUUAAGCGCCUCCCAGUUCCUCUAAAGGACAUUAUAAUGCAAGGGACCUCCUUUUUUAACCACAAACCGAAUUUGCUUUCAUUUAGGCCAUAUAUAUUUUUUAAAUAGUUUAAAGUCAUAGAGAUUUUUUUGGGAAAGCAUUUCGCCCUGGAGCGGUGCGCGAUGCUUUCGCACGCCGACCUGCUGGAUGCUCGCCUCGGUGAGUUAUCAACGCCAAACUCCGGUCUGCAACUCUACUGGAUGAAGGAUGCCGCGGCCGAGCUUCUGGGUCACAGGGAGGCAUUGAAAUGCAGGCUGGGCGGCGGCGGAACUGACCCGGGCCACCCCGGAGAACUCGCCCCGGUCUCCGAUGCAGUGGAAGGGGCCACCCUUCUCCCCGGAGAAGAUAUCAACAGUGCUGGAUCCAAUCCGCCGGGUGCAGCGGUGAACAGUAAGGAACAGGAGAAGCAACAGCAGCAGCAACAGAACCCCACCCAGUCCGGCGGCCAGCAGAGUCAGAAACAGAAACGGCACCGGACUCGCUUUACUCCGGCUCAGCUUAACGAGCUGGAACGCAGCUUCGCCAAAACUCACUAUCCGGACAUCUUCAUGCGCGAGGAGCUCGCCCUGCGGAUCGCCCUGACGGAGUCACGCGUGCAGGUUUGGUUUCAGAACCGACGCGCCAAAUGGAAGAAGCGCAAGAAGACCACCAACGUGUUUCGCGCUCCGGGCACAUUGUUGCCUACACACCACGGCCUACCGCAGUUCCCCUCCGCCAUGGGCGACAGCCUGUGCUCCUUUCACGCCAAUGACACCCGCUGGGCGGCGGCCGGGAUGCCGGGAGUCUCACAGCUGCAGUUACCGCCCGCACUAGGCCGACAACAAGCCAUGGCACAGUCUCUAUCCCAGUGCAGCCUGGGCGCCGGACCGCCACACAACUCCAUGAGCCUGUCCAACAUGUCCUCCAACGGUUCCGGCCUCCAGUCCCACCUCUACCAACCCACCUUCCCCGGUAUGGUGUCCGCGUCGCUCUCUGGCCCCACCAACGUGACCGGCUCGCCUCAGCUGUGUAGCUCCCCGGACACUGACGUCUGGAGAGGGACGAGCAUCGCGUCCCUGCGCCGCAAAGCGCUCGAGCACACAGUGUCCAUGAGUUUCACCUAAUACUUUGACGUGGUUCACCUCCUGUUUCUCGUCCACCCAUCAUUACCGGCCCAGUGACGCACACGGAAGUCAAAGGAUACGACUGUCCUCUAGUAAACAUGAACUGUGCGCACCUGAUGGAAAUAAAACCUAAAGCAUCAUAGCCUGAAGAAAAAAAAAGACAUUUAUUUAUUACGUCCUAUUUAUUUUUGAUUUAUUAGCACUUUCUUUUUGCAAAUUGAAAAUGUCAGCAAGCUGGACAGUAAACAAUCUGCACAUUUGAAAUGUAUUCGUUUGCAUUUGAGAAACAAGGCGAGAGACGGUGCACUCGUUUUUAUUAUUAUUAUCAUCAUUAUUAUUAUGGAAGAAAUCGUUCACAUUUUAGGACUGUUUUAUGAAUCGGUGGAGGAGAGAAAGGAAAAUAUCUCAAAAAGAAUUACGAUUCUUGACUGCAUGUGCCGACCAAGGUAAACAACAACACAGCAACGGGGAAAUGUCAUUUAAGCGAGAAGUAUGAAUUUGUUAUAUGCUGUUAUAUAGGAUGUUUUGUGUAGAUAAAGCAUUCUUAACUUGUUCCCAUUCGGUCAGUUUGUGAUAUGUUCUAAGUUCAUGUAUGUGCUUCUACAAUAUAAAUUUCUUAAAUGUUUGAUCUUAUUC